CACAGCUUCCAAGGCGCUCCAGGGCCAUCACAGUCACUUCCGGUGCCUUCUCCUGCGCUUCCGGGUCCGGGGCUGCGGUCGCUUAAGAGGUGCUUCUGACGCCUCCGCUGGGGCGCUGGGGACUGGGUCCCGGAAGUUGCAGCAGCCGCCACCCCCCUGGUCUCCUCCUAGGAGACAGGGGCUUGGGCCGAGUAGGUGCGAGCCACAGGUGCGCGGGCCCGGAGCAGGAUCGCCGAGUCAGGCCGGAUGUCUGCGGCAAACGGGCGGGCGGGUUUAGGGAUCCCCCCAGAGAACCCCCGAGCAGCGCGCCAGGAGCCCUCCAGAACCGCUCCAGCUCCCUGUUUCCCGCUCAGUCCCUGCAUCGCUCUGGGACGGGGAGGGAGGUGGUCUGCCCGCGGUUCUGGAAGGAGCCCCUCCCUCGGAGCCCGGAGAAUUAGGUGGUAGACGCAGCCCCGCCACCGCCUCCCGGUGUCACCCUGGGCAAGUCGCUUCCCCUCCGCGGGCCUAAGCCUCCCAAUCUGUUAAAUGGUGGGGACGGGGUGGGCUUGGUAGGGCCUGUCAGGCUCUUGCCAUUUGGCUGUGCUGAAGUGAUGCCUGCUCGUUCUUAAACUCUCGAGGAAGUGGCUUGUACUGAAAAUAGCGUCUGCUGUCAGAAGACCUGACCUCUGAGCUCCAGACUCUGCCACUAACUGUCAGUUGGAAAGCCACUCCUACUCCGCUGGCCUCACUUGCUUCCUCUGCACAAUGGGAAGAUUGGAUUGGCUUGGUUAAAAGAUCUCUUCUAGCCCUAACUUAUGAAUUUAGUAGGUGCUGUGAUGUCUUGAAUCCUUGGAGUGUUUUGUUCAUCAGGUUUAAAUGGAAAUUUUGACUACUGGAGCUUCUUGAUGGCCCUUCAGUGACUUGACAAUAGAUUUUAGGGCAUCAUUGCUUUGGCUUAGUAGAGGGGGGGGGAGAAGUCCACAGAAAUCUACUGAGGAAAAUGUUUGCCAAACUUAAAAAGAAGAUUGCAGAGGAGGCUGCCAUUGCACCACGGCCAGGAGGAGCUGCACGUAUCCCAAGGUCUAUCAGCAAGGAGUCAGUUGCUUCUGUAGGAGCUGACUCAGGAGAUGACUUUGCUUCUGAUGGAAGCAGCUCUCGAGAAGACCUUUCAUCCCAGCUAUUUAGAAGAAAUGAACAAAUACGGAAGCUAGAGGCCAAACUUUCUGAAUAUGCUGAACAGGUGCGAAACUUGCAGAAGAUAAAAGAAAAGCUUGAAAUUGCAUUGGAAAAACAUCAGGAUUCUUCCAUGAGAAAAUUGCAAGAGCAGAAUGAAACACAUCAAGCCCACAGAGCCAAAAUGGCAGAAGGAAUGGCUUUGGCAUUAGCAAAAAAGGACCAGGAAUGGACAGAGAAGUUGACUCAACUUGAAAAAGAUAAAAGGCUGUUGACAGCUCAGUUGCAGGACAUGAAGAAUCAAAGUUUGAAUCUGUUCCAAAAGAGGGAUGAAAUUGAUGAAUUAGAGGGAUUCCAGCAACAGGAGCUAGCCAAAGUCAAGCACAUGCUUUUGAAAAAGGAGGAAAGUCUGGCAAAAAUGGAACAGGAACUGGAGAUGAGAACCAGAGAAUUGAGUCAUGCACAAGAGGAACUCUUGGUCUCUGUUCGGGGGUCUUCAGAUUUGAGCUGUGAGCUGGAGAUUUUGCAGAGGCAGUAUUCAGCACUGGAAGAACAGAGGGAUCAUUUGUUAGCUGCAGAAACAGGUGCAGAAAAUAAGAUCACUGCUUUGGAACAGAGGGAACAGGAACUACAAAUGUUCAUUCAGCAGCUCUCUAUUGAUUUGCAAAAGGCCCAGAUUACAGCAGCUUGUUCUGAGAAGAGGUUGGGCACGUUGCAGGCUGAGCAUGAGGCUUUGAAGCUUGAAAAUGAACAGCAGAAUCAAAAGGCUGCUGUCAAAGCUGAAGAGAGAGAUAAACUCAUCGAACAUUUGCAGGAAAAGGUUUUGUCCUUGGAGAAGAGAUUAGAAGGAAACUUGUCAGGGGAGGAACAUGUACAGGAGCUGCUCAAGGAGAAAUCUGUUGCAGAACAGAAAUUGGAUGACACAAGGCAGCAAUUGUUGGCUGCUAGGACUAGCCAAGCUGAAACAGUUAGCCUUCUAGAGACCCAGAUCACAAAGCUGAACAGUCAAGUAACUGAUAGCCAAGCAUUACUUCAUGAGAAAGAAGAAUUUAUAAAAGGAUUACGAGAAAGCAGCCUUAGUCAGGUAAAAGAACUUGAGGAAAUGCUGCAGAUUUCAGAUGAGAAGCUGAGGAAGAGCAAUGAAGUAAUGAUUGAAAAAGAUGCUCAGAUUCAAAGACUUUCCAGUUUGGCAGAAGAAAACAACAAAUUGCAACAGCACAUCCUGGUCCUGGAACAGCAGUGUGUGGAGCAGGGUAACCGACUGGAGGCUGAAAUAGCUUCCCUUGAGAGAGCUCAAGAAUCUGACAAGAUGGCAGCAAGUCACCGGAUACAACUGCUAGAGGAAGAAAAUGCAGACCUUAAAGAAAAUAGAAAUGAAUGUGAAAAUUCUUUAUUAACUCACAAGCUUGAGUUGAAGAAAUUAAAGGAAGAAUGGGGCCAGAGAGAAACUGUGAAUGUGGAAAUUGCCAAGGCCCUGGAAGAAACCCGGAAACAAAGGGAAGAUCUUCAGCAGCAGGUUGCUGACCUUACAGCAUUAAUAAAUGAGAAAGAACAGUCUCUCAGUGAGAAAACUGAAGCUAUUCUCCAAAAAGAAGAGGAAAUUGUCCAAAUGAAAAAAGGGCAUGACAUUGUCCUGCUACAAAUGCAUCAGUUGCAGAGUGACAUGGAGGCCUGCAGGUGUAAAGAAGCCAAAAUAGAUGGGUCUAAAGAAAAAGAGAUGAAUGUGUUGAGGCUGCAGAUAGAUGAAGAGGAGGAAGAAGAGGAGGAGGAAGAGGAGGAAACCCUUCAAGCCCAGGGUGAGCCAAAUGUAAUCGUUUAUGGAGAACCAGCAAAGGAAUUGAGUGAUGAUUUAUAUCCCCUCUCAAAUGACCAGAGGACACUGAACGGAGAAGUUGAGUGUGUUGGUAUGGUACAACUACAAAAAGAAAACCGAGACUUGGAACAGCAGAUCAUAGAGAAGAACAAGACAAUAAAGCAGCUGCAGCAGAGAAUGUUAGAACUAAAAAAGACCCUUCAGAAGGAACUGAAAAUUCGGCCUGAAAAUGAUAUCUUUGAAGUUCGAGAGAAACCUAAUCCUGAAGUGCCUACUGCCUCCACAACUGUCACCAAUAACUCAGACUUAAAUGAUUCUCGAGAGAUAAAUUUUGAAUACCUCAAGCAUGUGGUUUUAAAAUUCAUGUCCUGUCGGGAAUCAGAGGCUUUUCAUCUCAUUAAAGCCGUGUCUGUGCUACUGAAUUUUUCACAAGAGGAAGAAAAUAUGCUCAAAGAGACCUUGGAGUAUAAGAUGUCGUGGUUUGGGUCCAAGCCAUCUCCCAGAGGUAGCAUUCGGCCAUCCAUCUCGAAUCCCAGGGUGCCAUGGUCUUAAAAGAAACCUGAGAAUGGAAAUUCCAUGUGUAGCCACUUUUUCUAUGAAAAGAACACAGCACACCAGUCUGGGUGGGUUUUUUAUCACUGUAAUUGCAGUAUUUUGUACAAGCUUUGAAACAUUGUUUACAAGACAAGUAAUGGUUAGAACUUCUGUCAUUGCAAACUGACAGCCACAAAAUUGGGCCGAUUUUAGAGACUGGGCCAGCCCCGAAAGAAAGGGGUCGUGGGUAGGGUGGCAAGUCACUAAAUGGGAAACUCCAAUUUCACACAGUGCUGCUAUAAAUCCCUGCUUUGGGCCCUAGAGGGUUUGCAUGUGGAGUUCUCUAACCCCUAGGGCUAGCACUUAGUCAUAGCUGUUAAGUGUCUGUCCAAGAGGCUAAAUGUCAGUGGAACAGCUAGUGCUGGGAGGGAGGAAAGUGACUGACAUUAGUGGUACAGGACAAGAACAACCUGAUUCCUCCAAGUUGUGUCUUGCUGAAUAUCUCAAAACCCCCACGUGGCCUCCUCAUAUGUUUCAUAAAGACAUUUCCCUUCUGGUGGUUUGGAUCCUGGGCUGGGGAAAAUGCUGAGAUGUCCUCAAUCCCUCCCACUAACUCCUCAAGCUGGGUAUGUCCUAACUUUAGAACAUGUGCCUGUCCGAAGAUAAGGGGGCUAGUAUUAGUGAGGGCUCCGCAACUGUCUGGAGGGAUCUCGUUUUACUUUUCUUAAAGAAAAAAAUCUUACAAAAGGUGUUAAUACAGUACUGAAUAUACUCAGUUACCUUUUUAAACUCAUAUAUGUCUUGUACAGGUUGCUGGUAAACCAUUUUAAAGCAUACUUUUUAAAGCCAAAUUUGCUUGUAAGCAUUUCUUCUGUCUUGCAGUCAAGUUUACUGGUCUUCUUAGAGAAAAAUCAGAGAGUAAAGGAAAUGCCUUCCUCCACCCUAGAUUCUCCCUCUUCCCCCCACCCCCUUUCAAUUCCAUAGCACUCUGGACAGUCUUCUGAGAAGUCAGUAUCAGUAUCUUUGUAGCAGAACCCUGGAUUUGCUCCCAAUUCUAUGCAAGGCUGAGAUUCUGAGGGAACUUUGGUAUGGUAAGGACCCGAUCCAUUGCCCCUUCUACUGCCCUCAGCCCACAGGCCCAGUUGGAGAUGGCAAAAACUACAGCAGCACAGCCUCAAUUGCUUUGUUUGUGGAAACACUAACCCUCUAAUAGGGUGAACACACUACAGACCGUCUAUAAUGUAGAUAGGCUUUAUAAAAUGCUGCUACUUUGAAAUGCAUUGGCUGUGCAUGUUGGGGACCAUUCUGUUUCUGACUGUUUCUAAGGAAAAGUCUGCCUGUAUCCAGCACAGUAGGAUCUUCAGUCUUUUGGAAAGAUCCUCUCCCAACAGUGUAUAGCUUGCCUAAAGCCUACCAUGGUUAACCACUGACUUAAGAAUCAGUCAUCGGACUACAUAAGCAAUUUUUCUCAAGCUGGUUUCGCCAAAUGGUUAUUUCUUCUUGUUAAGUAACAAGGAAAGAUGUUUUCACAGUAAAGUAUUUGCAUUGCUUGUCCUAAGUUCUUAAGCGUGUGCAGCAGUGCCUGGUGUUCCCAAAGAAUGGGACAGCAUCACUCUCCCCACAGUUCAGCCUCCCCUCACCUAAGGGGGGAGGCUUUAAAAGGCUGACAGAUUCUUGCCAGGUCUGUUAGCUGAAAUAUUUACAUUUACAUGACGGCACAUUUAGAGGCAGUUUCGUUUUGUUUUUUUUUUCCUGAGGAAGAGGCACUGCUACACAGAACUAAGUUUUUUACUUCUCUCAUAGGAUGUUCAACAAAUUUGCCCGGGGGAAGGGAAAGGAACUACCAAGGUGAGGUUAUGCCUGGUAGGUCUGAGCAGCUACAUACUCAGCUCAAACACACCCUAGAAAGGAGUCACACAGGCCCUGCUCCCUCCUGCUCAUUAGGGUAUAGAGCUGCCUAAAAUACCUGACUGCACCACCCCUCUCCCUUGGUGCAGGUUAAUUAGAUACCAGUUUUUGGAAGCUACUAACCAAGUCUCUGGGUACUUAAAUGUUUUACAACUAAACUGAUUAAGGCUUCCCUGCAUGUUGAUUUUUAAAGAGCAAGAGUGGUGUAAAUAUACUGAGUGAUUGAUUGGACACAUUUUGAUGCGUAUUUAAAAAACAAAACUACUGUGGUAACACAUAAGCUCCAUAUGUAUAAUCCUUUAUCUGAGCAGUGGCUCUGGGUCUUUCUUUCAUGUUGUAAAUAUUCACUGUAUUAUGUAAAACUGUUGAAUUCAUUUGUGGUGCAAUAAUUUUUUUUUUAAUUAAAGCUCUUAAAUCUAG